GAAGUGGAUGCUAACGAUACCUGAAUUUCUUGUACUAAUCUUCUUACAGAGGGACAGUUGGUUUUGUAAAAGGGCACACUUAAAGAUUAGGUUGAUCUUGUUUCGUACAACACAGCCUAAUCCGCCUGGUUCUUUGGAUAUAUAAUUGGUUAUUUGCGAAGACAAAUUGAAGGCUAAAUCAGAUGAAUCGGUGAAAUGAUAGUAGAUACUUUGGCUCUCCCAUUCAUUCAUAAAGAGACAGCGUUCCCUGUUUUUAUGGGCACGGUCCACUGACCUUACAUACAGACCCAGCUCUGUGUUGACACCCAAAAUGAGGAUGAUCACUUUCUUCCUGAUUGGACUGACAGUCCACGUGGUCUUCUUCCUCUCUAUCUUUGAUAUCUACUUCACCUCUCCUCUGGUCCACGGCAUGACACCCCAGGCCACACCACUGACACCUCCUGCCUCCAGACUAGUGUUAGUGGUGGCCGAUGGUCUCAGGGCAGACAGUCUCUUCACACUUCUGCACAAUGGCUCAUCCAGGGCCCCAUACUUAAGGAGUGUGAUAGAGGAGAGGGGUACCUGGGGUGUGUCACACACACGUGUGCCCACCGAGUCUCGUCCAGGUCAUGUUGCGCUCAUCGCCGGCUUCUACGAGGAUGUUAGUGCUAUUGCUAAAGGGUGGAAGGAGAAUCCCGUAGAGUUCGACUCUGUGUUUAAUGAGAGCAGACACACCUGGUGCUGGGGCAGCCCUGAUAUUCUGCCCAUGUUUGCCAAAGGUGCCAGUGGAGAUCAUGUGUAUACCCACACAUACCCAGCAGAGGAGGAGGACUUUGCCUCCACAGACGCCUCCAGGCUGGACAGCUGGGUGUUCACUCAAGUAAAAUCAUUUUUUAAAUCAGCAAAGUUUAACUCAAGUCUGAGGGCCAGUCUGCUCGAGGACAAGAACAUCUUCUUCCUGCAUCUGUUAGGCAUUGACACAAAUGGACAUGCUCACAGACCGAUGUCGCAACAGUACCUGGACAAUAUUGGACUUGUUGACGCUGGUGUUGCUGAACUGGUGUCGGUAGUAGAAGAGUUUUUUGGUUAUGAUGGAAGAACAGCUUAUGUGUUCACCUCUGAUCAUGGCAUGACAAACUGGGGUUCACACGGUGCAGGCCAUCCCUCAGAGACGCUCACACCUUUAGUGGUGUGGGGAGCCGGAGUUCAGACUUCCCACAGAGUGACCGAACCGCAGCCGUACACUGAUGGGUACCUACAAGAUUGGCAACUGGAGCACCUACGCAGAGUUGACGUCAAUCAAGCAGACAUCGCUACCCUCAUGGCUUCUCUCAUUGGCGUGCCCAUCCCUGUUAACUCUGUUGGUGUGUUACCUCUUCUCUACCUGAACAGCAGUGACCAGUUCAAGGCAGAGAGCAUGUACACCAAUGCUAUUCAAAUACUAGAGCAGUUCAAGAUGAAAAUGAGCCAGAAAAAGGAGACAACUUUGUCUUUCUUCUUCACGCCAUAUCAACGACUGACUGAGUCAAAACAAGCAGAAUUCAUCCACAGGGCCAGAAUACUGAUUCAGCUGGAGAAGUAUGAGGAUGCUAUCUCUCUGUGCCAGUCUCUGAUAUCCGAUGCUCUGGAGGGCCUGAUCUACUACCACACCUACGACAGGUUCUUCCUGGGCUGCAGUGUGGUGCUGGGAUUUGUAGGCUGGACCUCCUAUGUUGUCCUAGUCAUACUGAAGACUCAUGCCAGCCUCAACAGACACCCAAGUCUCCUCAAACAGGUUCCCAGUCACACUCUGGCGAGGCUGUGUGUGUGUGUGACACUGGUAAUCACUGUCUUCCUGCUUAUCCAAAGGAGCCCCGUGACCUACUAUAUUUACUGCCUGCUGCCUGUCCCUGUGUGGUACUCUGUCCUUAAAGAGUCUGGGACUCUAACAGAUUUGAUUCGUUCAGCUCCCUCUCUGCCACUGUGGAAAUGUUUUGGCUAUUUUGUGCUUGUGGCAUUCGGGAUCGAGCUACUGGUGGUGAGUUUCUUCCAUCGCGCCAUGCUGACUGUGGGCCUGGCUGUCCUCUCUCUCUGGCCCUUUCUUUCCGGACUUUUUGGAAAAGCCAAGGUUAUGGAAAAUAUUGAGUUUCCAGGAAGUUUGGAAUACAAGGUGAAGUUCCGUUCAUCGAGCUGGUUUCUGGGCUGUCUGUGUCUGGCUGCAUUCCCCCUGAUGCCUGUUGUGGGUAGAGAGCCCAACAUACAUCUGGUUGCCGGCGCUGGUCUACUCACUCUCCUCACUUCAGCCUGUUAUCUGUGGUCAUCACGACAGAGAGCACCACUUCAGCGUAGUGACAGACAGCAGUUUGUCACGCAGAUGCUCCAUGUGGCAGUGUGUGCGUGCGUGCCGUCCAUCACACACUCCAGCCUGCAGCAGAAACAGGGCCUGCCGCUCCUUAAUCAGAUCAUCAGCUGGACCACAUUAGCAUCCUCAAUGGUGGUCCCAUUGCUGAGCUCUACACGUCUCUUCCACCGACUUCUCAGCAUAUUCCUCUCUCUGACGGCCACAUACCUCCUGCUCAGCACUGGAGCAGAGGCCUUGUUCCCCCCUGUGUUGUCUUGGUUGAUGUUUGUGUGGAUCAACAUUGAACAGGAAGCUAUGCUCUAUCAGGGUGUCUCUGGCAGACAAGAGCUCUCCACUAUUGAUUUCUCUGCAAACAUCGACAUCACAAAGAUCCGACAGCUGAAGCUGGAUGACAUCAGAAGAUCUUAUUUUUUCGUAUUUUUUAUUAUAACAGCUUUCUUUGGCACAGGGAACAUAGCUUCCAUUAACAGUUUUGACCCAGCGUCUGUUUAUUGUUUCCUCACGGUUUUCAACCCCUUCAUCAUGGGAGGGCUAAUGAUGUGGAAGGUUAUCAUUCCAUUCAUAAUCGUAAUGUGUACAUUCGAGACCAUCCAGGUUGUAACACAGCUCUCUUCAAGAAGCUUGUUCCUCAUUGUCCUGGUCAUCUCCGACUUGAUGGCUCUGCACUUUUUCUUCCUGGUUCAGGACUAUGGGAGCUGGUUGGACAUUGGCACAAGCAUUAGCCAUUAUGUGAUAGUGAUGUCAAUGACCAUCUUCCUGAUGCUGCUCAGUGUGGUCACGCACAUCUUCACUUCACAGAGACUCAUCCUAUGGAGGAGACUCAAGAUGCACUUCCCCUAAACAUGCGUUUGUGUGUGUAUGGACACAUUCCGUUUCAAACAAAUACUAUUUAUUUUACUUUUUUAGAUACUUGUCAUUUGCCUUAUUAAACCAGUUUAAGGACCCAGGUUACUGAAUAGUACAACUCACACCACUUGCCUCAAUGGUUUUGGACUGCUGUAAACCACCAAAUUUAUUCUCAGAACUACUUGAAUAACUAUGCAAAUGACAGCAGAUUACCACAGAGGAUUAUGUGGUUUAUAUUCUCAGUAGAAAAUUUUAAGUUCUUUUUCUCGGCAGUUGUUAAAAUAAUCAAGAUUUUCCACAGUGAUACUAAUUGAGGGGCCCGAGACUUUUGCAAAGUACUGUUUGCACUGUAUUCUUUUGUACACCACGUCUUUGUUUCAGUGGCAUUGUGUUUGAAUUAAUCAUUGAUGAAUUGACUAAGGCUCCUUGAAUAUUUGACCGUGAAUCAUGCCUUUGCCAAAGGUGCUGAUUUAUGAUCCACCAAAGAAUGGUAACUUGAUAUGUCUUUAGGUAUGUAACAGUGUUUCCUGUCAAGCGGCCUAAAAUGUAUCCUUGUUUGUAAGAAAAAGGGGUGCUAUUUUAAUUUAAUUUGUCGUGACUAUGAAUGUACAAGUAGAACUGAAGGAGUGACGUUGAAACAGGGGCUUUUGUCUUGUGGUAAUUAACAGAAUCAGAUGUAAGUGUAGUUGUUGUGGUCUGUGUUUGUAUGUGACUGUAGCCUGGGCUAUGAGGAAAAGCUGUGGUUAAAUGUUCUCUGAACAAAGGGAGAUAAAAAUAAAUAACUUCUUGUGAUGUGUGAUAUUGUUUUACCAGAUCAACAUGGAGGAAA